AUGGCUAACUCUUUCUCUCUGGGUAUUGUUAAUGCCUUGUGUCCACCCUCUCAAAUUUGGAGUGUGAUAGUGAGGGUAGUCAGGCUUUGGACUGUGUACACAUGUAAUGGAAAUGGAGUACUAAAAUCAGUGGAGAUAAUUCUUAUGGAUCAAUAUGGAGGCAAGAUUCAAUGCUCUCUAAGGAGAGAAAUGUAUGUUAAAUGGGGACAAACAUUCAUGGAAGGGAAUGUAUAUAAGAUAACUUUUGGUCGGUUGGUGCCUAAUUUGGGACCUUUUCGUGCAACUGAACAUCCCUUCAAGAUUCUUCUUAAUCAUGAUUCUAUUGUUGUCCCAUGUGAGAACACUUUGAUUCCGAUGUGGGGUCUUUCUCUAAAGAAUUCAGAACAAGUAAAUAUGGCUUGUGGACGGUCAGAUUGUUUAGUUGAUUUUAUUGGGUUGCUCACAUGUAUUGUUGAAGAAAGGACUUGUGUUAAAAAAGGGAAGAUGUCUAAGAUGAUGAUCAUAGAGCUUGCUGAUGACAAGGGGAGAGUUCAAUGUGUUUUGUUUGAAGAGCAUGCCAAAUUUGUCACGGACUAUCUGUCUAUUCAUUCUACUGAAGAAGCAAUCUUGGGUUUUUCCAGGAAAAGUGUGCUUCAAGGUGUAGUGGGUGCAACGAGGCUAAGUUUUAACGCUCAAAUCCCGGAGGUUUUAUCAUUCUGGAAUGAGAUUAUGGUGACUGAUACUCAGUUUGCUGAUGAAGCUGGGUUUAAUAUGAUUGAAAAUUCUGUUGUUUCAGUGUAUGAUGAUUUUAUUAAGAAUCAUCCAAGAAAAACUGUGAAAUCAUUGAAUGAAACGAUUGAGGAUGGAGAUUUUGUUGUUCGAGCGAAGAUAGUUACACUUUUGGAAGAUGAUAGCUGGUGGUACCUAGCUUGCAAGUGCUCUCGUGCAGUUAUGAAUGAGAAUGGGCAUUAUUACUGUUCUGGCUGCUUUAGACUUGUUAAUUAUGUUGCUCUUAGGUUUAGGAUUAAGCUACAAGUCUCUGAUGGGGAUCCGAACUGCACUCGUGCUACCACUGUUAUGCAGGAAGGGUUGGUUGGAAGGGAUUUGCUAUUUAAGGUUGAGAAGAAUUUGGUUAAUGUGUACAACUUUGAGGAUCCAUAUACUGUGAAACGUGUUUGUGAUGAUUUUGAUCUUAUGGAAGUGUUUAUGGCAAAUUCAUCUGUUGAGACUCCCAUUAUGGCAAAGUUCCCCAGUUCAUUUUCUGAGUUGAACCUUGAUGAUUAUGAGAUAGAUAUGAAGUUAUUGGGAAGCCCUCCUGAUUUAGUGGUCCCUGUGAUUGUGAAGCCAGCUAUUGAAAGGAGCACUACAGAAUAUGGUGGUUGCUCAAAAUCAUUCAAGAGAAAGCUAGAGGAUGAAUUUGUUGUGGAGGAAGAAUUUCAGAAUGUGAAGUUUUAA